AUGGGCCCAAACACGAAUGUUACGCUCAAAGGCCGAAGCACUGCACUCGUAUAUGGAAUUGGAAAGCAUGACUGUUUUCUGUUAGAAACUACAUCGGAAUCGCAAUCCGGAAACCCUCCAACAUCAUUUGCUCGAACAAGAUUCCGUUCUUCUCUUCAGCGAGCAUUACCAUAUUGUAUUAUAUAUAUUGCCCGGGUUUAA